CUCCCCAGCUACUCCAAAGAGCACUAUUACCCCGACCGCAUCGGCGAGGUCCUCAACUCCCAAUACCAAAUCGUCACUAAACUCGGCUUCGGCUCCUCAUCAACAGUAUGGUUAUGUCGAGACCUACAUACCAACCGCUAUCUAGCCCUGAAAAUUCACGUUCGAAGCAACCAUCCACCUCCUGAAGUCCAAAUAUCUCGAUAUCUAAAAUCCCUCCCUAGUACUAACCUUACAGGAAAAAGGUACAUCCGUCUCGCUCUGGACUCAUUUGACAUUCCCGGUCCAUACGAAAUCCAUAUAUGUACUCUCUACGAACCUGCUGGAAUCGAUAUACGAGAUUACAUCCACUGUCUAGAAGGGGAUGCGUUGCCUGAGAGCCUCCUCCGAGUUACUAUUCGCUUUAUGCUCAUUGCUUUGGAUUACCUUCAUGAGGCGAAGGUGAUUCAUACUGAUAUCCAACCCCAUAACAUCCUCCUAGGCAUUGACGACAAUUCAAUCCUAGCAGAGAUGAAAGAAGAUGAAAUUUCCGACCCCGCUCCUCGAAAACAGCUCUCUGAUCGGACUAUUUUCGCUACGAGAGGGAUGCCUCUAACCAGUGGUGAACCGGUCCUUGCUGAUCUGGGCGAGGCGCGGUUAGCAGAUGGAAAGGGAACCCAGAGGGGGCUCAUCAUGCCGAGUGUGUAUCGGGCUCCGGAGGUGAUGUUGGGUAUGAAUUGGGAUAGUAAGGUGGAUAUACAGGGGCUUGGGCAGACAGCAUGGACUCUAUUCGAGCAAGGACAUCUGUUCACAGGUCAGGACUUGGAGACAGAUACUGAUCAUGCGCGGCGUUUUGCGGAAAUGAUUUCGCUUCUGGGCCCGCUGCCGGUUGAGUUUCUGACACGGAGUCAGGAGAGUUUGAAAUUCUGGGAUGAAGAUGGGAAAUGGAAGGGCUGUGUAGUGAUUCCGGAACAGUCGCUUGAGAGUCGGGAAUCUCGGCUCCAGGAUGAUGAUAAGAUGCUCUUUCUUCGGUUCCUGCGUAAGACUUUGUCUUGGUUGCCUGAUGAGAGACCGAUGGCGAAGGAGCUUUUGAUGGAUGAGUAG